CCGUUCCCCAUACUCCCCACAUCCACCAUAAGAUAAUAAAAUAAAUACUGAGAUUACGCGGAUUUUGAAGUGAGGAAAAUCAAAAAUGGGGGAAGAAGGAGAGGAGUAUCUCUUCAAGAUUGUAAUCAUCGGGGAUUCUGCAGUGGGCAAAUCCAAUUUGCUCUCUCGGUAUGCUCGCAACGAGUUCGAUCUCCACUCCAAGGCCACCAUCGGAGUGGAGUUCCAGACUCAGUGCGUCGACAUCGACGGCAAGGAGGUGAAGGCGCAGAUCUGGGACACCGCCGGUCAGGAGCGCUUCAGAGCCGUCACCUCUGCUUACUACCGUGGCGCUUUCGGUGCUCUGCUGGUUUAUGAUAUCAGCCGCCGCUCCACCUUUGAGAGCAUCGCGCGUUGGCUUGAUGAGCUCAAGAUACAUUGUGACACUACAGUGGCGAGGAUGCUGGUAGGCAACAAAUGUGAUUUGGAGAAUAUUAGGGAUGUGAGCACUGAGGAGGGAAAAAACCUGGCAGAAGCAGAAGGAUUAUUUUUCAUGGAGACAUCUGCACUUGAUGCUACUAAUGUUAAAACAGCUUUUGAGAUGGUUAUCCGGGAAAUAUUCAACAAUGUCAGUCGCAAAGUUCUACACUCUGAUUCCUACAAGGCUGAAUUGUCUGUGAAUCGGGUAAGCCUAGUUAACAAUGGGGCAGCUGCAUCAAAGCAAAACCAGAUCUAUUCUUCUUGCUGUUCCAGAUGAUUUGUCUAUCUAUUUAUUUCGGUUUUGUAUUCUUUCUCCAUUUCCUUGUUGAUUAUCAAACUAGUUGCUUUCUCAAAGGUGGUUGGUGCUUUUUCUCAUUGAAAUCAUUCGAACUAACUUGGCCAAUAAAGUGACUUUCACUUCUGUAGUAGUAUUUGAAGGCAAAGAAGCCAUCAGCUUUGAAGAGGUUGGUGAAGUGGAUACAGUAAUAUGAUUUCUUCUUCUUCUUCUUUUUUCCAUGUGUGUUUCAAUGAGAUUACUAUAUAUGAUUAUUGUUAUUGUUA